GGGAGGAGGGGGGCUUGCAGCCCCAAAGCUGACAUUUAGGGGGUGGAAAUGCAAUGGGUUGGGGGCAACGCAGUAGGUUUGGGACAAUGUGUGUGUGGGGGGGUUUGGGUGAGCCGUGCCUCAGUUUCCCCACCUACGCACAUGUGGGCACAUGCGUGAGCCGCCUGUUGGGUGCUAUGCAAAUGCCUCCGCACACAGCAGGAAGCAGCAGCAGCUCCGUCAGCUCGGGGUGGGGACAAGCAACGGCCACCUCACCGUAAGUGCCGCUCACCCCCUCCUGCCCUUGCCCUGGGUGUCCUACAGGGAGCAGUGGGGCACAGACCUUCGCCCUUUGUGCCGGUGUUGGGGUGGGAGGCGAGCUGAGAACGGGCAAACUCGUCACACCGAGCUGAGGUCCAGGGGGGUCCAACCCAUCCCCCGGUGCGUGAGGAUGGGUCGCUCCAUGACGUGGCUGAGAUUUGGGGUAGGGUUGGAGGGAACAGCGCGGAGUGUGAAAACUUUUCCACGUCUCAGGAGUGCAUGGGAGCACCCAGAGGGACUUCCUGGUAUGGGGCAGAGCACAGCGAGGACGUCGGGGGUGUCCCAGCCCUGAGGGGAGGGGAAGGGGCGGUGGAGGCACAGGGCUUGGUGAUGGAAGCAUUGCAUGGUCAUCUCUGUCCCCUUAUGGUGGGUUGUCCCCAAAUGCCACUGCUGCAAUGGGGACAGAGCCGUGCUGCUGUGGGCUGUGUCACUGUGCUGAUGUGAGGUGGGGGCGGGGGGUGUGGGGAUGGGGUUGGGGCUCCUUCUCCACCCAAAGGGCUGCACAUAGUCAAGUCCUCGUGGGGGCAGUGCCCCAGGGGGUGUCCAAGGGGUGGGGGCAUCAGCUCAGUCCCACACAAAGGGAUGCAUUGGGAUGGUGAUGCUGUGUGAACGAAUUUGGUGAGGGGAGAAGCCAAGGUUGGGAGGAGAGGCGUCACUUUUGUGCACUGAGCUUUUGUAGCAAACCCCAAAAGGAAAGCUGAGGGUUGGGCUGGGGGUUAAUUCUGUUCAACCCUAUGGCCGUUUUCAGCACGGCAGGCAGGAAGUCACUAGCUAACACCUCAAGACCCCCUUCACACCGUGAGAAGUAACACGGUGUGAAAGUGUGUGCAAGAGCACGUGCACAUGCUGGUGCCCCCCCAGGUUGUGGUUGCACUGUAGCACCACCAGAGCAAAACCAGACCCUGGGAAAUGCUGCCUGUCCCCUGCUUGCGUCCAUUCAGGCACCACAGGAUGGCUGUCACACUGUCCCCAGCUGCACCAGAGAGUGUCAGAACCCCACAGUGCCAUGGGGAGAGCUGGUGCCACCCAUGCUGUGCCCUGUCUGCAGCACCCUGCAGGUCCCCAUGUCAUCCACCUGCCUCCAUGUCUCCAUAGAACAUGCUGCAGGGCAGACCCCCAGCACCGUCCCUGUCCUCUUUGAGCCUUCCCAGUCCCUCUCACCUCCUCCCCACACCCAGGACUCCCUCCUUGGGGCCAUUCCCUCCAGCAGACCUGGGGUGACCCAUGGGCCACCUGUGCUCCUGUUUGCAAACAGCUCUGGACCUGUUUAAUGAGUAACCGGAGGGCUGAGCUCGGGGAGGGAGAGGCCCCCGGGCUGAGCUUCCAUGUUGGCUGUUUCAUGGCUGAGAAGUGCCUCUUGGCUGCUGGUGAUAUGUGUGCACUGAGUGUGCCUGGCCUCAGUCCGGCUGCACGCAAAGGGAUGGGGCAAGCGGUGCCUUUGCCAUCCCUUGUGCCCUGCUCACGGCCCAGAAAUCCCCACAGAAUAAAGGAGGACAACUGAGACUUGCUUGGGAUCUGUUAGAUCAGCGCAGGCUAAAUGUGGUUUCCAGUAGUUCUCAGCAAAAUGAAAAGCCAAACCACUUCUGUUCCGGCCCAAGGGACGUUUCUGAGCAGUCUUCUAGAUUGUUUGCCCUCUAAAAAUAAAAGAGCUGAUCAAUAUAAAUAAAUAUCGCCUUUCCGGGUGCUGAUGAGUUUUCCGGGGCUGCUUGCCCCGUUUCGCUCUGAUCUCUGCAAAAAGCCCUCUGCUAACUGCAGCUCUGCCAGGGGGGUCACACUGCACUGUCCCACACUGCAGAGCACGCACUGGCAUGCCUUGGAUUUUGGGGGGAAGGGAUGCUCAGCCCCUAGCACCCCCCCAGCCAUGAGCAUGUCAGCCCUCCCUGAGCCCCUGGGCCGCCCACGGAGCAGCUCCUUCCGCAGCCUGGCUGGGACUCUGGAGGCCAAAGUGGGCAUGGGGAUGCUGGAGGAGGACAAGGAGGAGAUGCGCAUCCUCAAGGUGUGCUUCUACAGCAACAGCUUCAACAUGGGCAAGAAUUUCAAGCUGGUCAAGUGCCCCGUGACGACGGAGAUCCGGGAGGUGAUCAGAUCCAUCCUGGUGAGCGGCCGCAUCGGGCCUGACAUCCAGCUGUCCGAGUGCUACGGGCUGCGCCUGAAGCACGUCAAGUCAGACGAGAUUCACUGGCUGCACCCCGAGCUGACGGUGGGCGAGGUGCAGGAGAAGUACGAGUGCCUGCACCUGGAGGCCGAGUGGAGGUACGACCUGCAGAUCCGCUAUCUGCCUGAGGACUACGUGGAGCGUUUCUUAGAGGACAGGACCACACUUCUCUACUUCUACCAGCAGCUCCGCAGCGAGUACAUGCAGAACUACGCCAGCAAGGUGAGCGAGGGCAUGGCCCUGCAGCUGGGCUGCCUCGAGCUCAGGAGGUUUUAUAAGGACAUGCCCCAAAAUGCGCUGGAUAAGAAGUCCAACUUUGAGUUCCUGGAGAAGGAGGUGGGCUUGGACCUGUUCUUCCCCAGCCAGAUGCAGGAGAACCUGAAGCCCAAGCAGUUCCGCAAGAUGAUCCAGCAGACGUUCCAGCAGUACGCGCUGCUGCGGGAGGAGGAGUGCAUCCUCAAGUUCCUGCAUACACUCUCCACCUUUGCCAACAUUGACCAGGAGAGCUAUCGUUGUGAGCUCAUUCAAGGGUGGAACAUCACGGUGGACCUUGUCAUUGGGCCGAAGGGCAUCCGGCAGAUGACAAGCAAGGAGGCCAAGCCCACCUGCCUGGCUGAGUUCAAACACAUCAAAUCCAUCAAGUGCUCCAGCACGGAGGAUGGCCAGGCUGUGCUGCAGCUGGGGCUGAGCGGCACCCCCCAGUCCCUGGCCAUCAAAACGUCGUCUCUGGCUGAGGCAGAGAACAUGGCUGACCUCAUUGAUGGCUACUGCCGGAUACAGGGGGGCCUGGACACAUCCCUCAUCGUCUUCCCCAGGAGAGAGAGGGAGAAGAGGAGCAGCCUUCCACGGAUCCCCAUCCCGCACCUGGAGGAGCGGCACUCUGCUGUGUCUGACAGCCUCAGUGUGGACUCUGAGAUUUAUGCUGAAAUCCCCGAUGAGACCUCACGCCCGAGAUCUGGAGCCCAGCACUAUGGGAUCUGCCGGGAGGACGUCACACUGGGAAGGAUCCUGGGGGAAGGCUUCUUCGGCGAGGUGUACGAGGGCACCUACACCAACCCGAAAGGGGAGAGGGUGAAUGUGGCUGUGAAGACGUGCAAGAAGGACUGCAGCCCCGAGAACAAGGACAAGUUCCUGAGUGAGGCAGUGCUGAUGAAGAAGUUGGACCACCCCCACAUCGUGAAGCUCAUUGGCAUUGCAGAGGAAGAACCCACCUGGAUCAUCAUGGAGCUGUACCCCUAUGGGGAGCUGGGUCAAUACCUGGAGCAGAACAAGCACUGCCUCGCUGUGCCCACGCUCGUCCUGUAUGCUCUGCAGAUCAGCAAAGCCUUGGCGUACCUGGAGGCCAUCAACUGUGUGCACAGGGACAUUGCGGUGAGGAAUAUCCUGGUGGCCACCCCAGAGUGUGUGAAGCUGGGUGACUUCGGGCUCUCCAGGUACAUCGAGGAUGAGGAGUACUAUAAAGCAUCUGUCACCCGUCUCCCCAUCAAGUGGAUGUCCCCUGAGUCCAUCAACUUCCGACGCUUCACAACAGCCAGUGAUGUCUGGAUGUUUGCCGUGUGCAUGUGGGAGAUCCUGAGCUAUGGCCGGCAGCCUUUCUUCUGGCUGGAGAACAAGGAUGUGAUCGGGGUUUUGGAGAGGGGUGACCGCCUGCCCAAGCCCGACCUCUGCCCACCCAUCCUCUACACCCUGAUGACGCGCUGCUGGGACUACGACCCCAGUGAGAGGCCCAAGUUCAAGGACCUGGUUUGCAGCUUGAGUGACAUUUACCUGAUGGAGAAGGAGCUGGCCAAGGAGCAGGAGCGGAACAACCGCCACCGGCCUCCCAAAAUCAUGGAGCCACCAACUCCCCAGGAGCCUCCCCCAAAGCCCAGCAGACCCAGGUACAAACCUCCACCCCAGAGCAACCUCCUGGCACCCAAACUGCAGUUCCAGGAGGAAGACUUCCUGCAUCCCAGCAGCAGGGAGGAGGCACAGAAGCUGUGGGAGAUGGAGAGGCUGAAGAUGCGGCAGGUGCUGGACAAGCAGCAGAAGCAGAUGGUGGAGGACUACCAGUGGCUGCGGCAGGAGGAGAAAUCCCUGGACCCAACAGUGUUCAUGAACAACAACACUGCUCUGCUGCUCCCGGAGAAGGAGACGGAUUACAAUGGUGUAGCGGAGUUCACGCCCCCCCCCCAGAAGCCUCCAAGACUUGGGGCACAGUCCAUCCAGCCGGCCCCCACUGCCAACCUGGACCGCACGGAUGACACGGUGUACAGCAACGUCAUGGACCUGGUGAGGGCUGUCCUGCAGCUGAAGAAUGAGAUCAGCCUCCUGCCCCCAGAGGGGUACAUCCUCGUGGUGAAGAACGUGGGCCUGUCCCUCCGCAAGCUGAUCGGCAGCGUGGAUGAGAUCCUGCCCAUCCUGCCCGCCACUUCCCGCACCGAGAUUGAAGGGACCCAGAAGUUGCUCAACAAGGACUUGGCUGAGCUCAUAAAUAAGAUGCGCCUGGCACAGCAGAACGCCGUCACCUCGCUGAGCGAGGAGUGCAAGAAGCAGAUGCUGACGGCCUCCCAUACCUUGGCUGUGGACGCCAAGAACCUGCUGGACGCUGUGGACCAAGCCAAGGUCCAGGCCAACCUGGUGAAGCUGUGCUUGGAGUGAGGGAACAUGAAGGGGUGGGGAAGGAGAAGAGGAGGAGAGGCAACGCCGCAUUGUUUGGUGGCAAUGGGAGGAGAGCGGUGUGGACGAGCUGGCUUCUGUGUGUCUCCUGUGGCCUCGCCACCCUGUCCUCCAUGUCCCCCUCCUCCUGCAGCUGCUUGUGUCUUUAGCAUCAUCUCGUCAGUCUUCUGAAGAAAGGAGGUGCCUGGUGACGCAUCCCUCCAAAGGACUGGGGGUGGCCUGGCUGUCCCCAAGGGUGGAUGAAGGUCCCUUUGGCUUGGUGGCACCAACGGGGCUGUGUGUCCAUUCAAUGGGCCCAAUAGGGCUGUCCAGUGGGUCCAUGUGUCUAUCCAAUGGGUCCGCAUGUCCGUCCCAUGGCCCCUCCCAGGAGCAGCACAUCCAACUGGGGACCCGCGCCCUGCUGCUCGGUGCUGGGAGCUGGGGACACGGUGACCAGGGGAGCUGGCUUCCCAGGAGGGGCUCGCUGGAGGGACUGUUUGCAUUUCCUUGUACAUUAUAUAGAAGAGUUUAUUUAAUGAUGGGCGUGCGUCGGGUCGGUUCUCGCAUCCAGCCCCAGCCUGGGGAGUGUGGGAGGGAUGGGUCCCUGUGCCCACAGCCGUCAGUGCCACAAACCAGCCGGGAGAAUGGGGCCCCUUCCAGCUGAGUUUGCUCCAAGCUACUCUAUGUAAACGACAACAGCAACAAAUUCUCUGUUCGGUUUGUGCUUGAAUUGGAAAUCGUACGGUUUGGGCUUUUCCCCAGCAUCUUCCCACAACGCUGCUCGCGCUGGCUGAGAUAAACCAUGCACCAAGU